GGCUCACGGAGGAGGGCAUGAUGCGCCGCUAGGUGUCCGCUGAGUUCAAACUGCUGGUGACGCAACGCUCAUCGCAAAGCAGAGCAAGAGGCGACAGCUACCGCACCUUCGACCAAGGUAAAGCAUGGCAAUGACCAGCCAGACCUCGUACCCCUCCAUGAGUAACCACACCAAAGAGAGGGUCACCAUGGCCAAAGUCACCCUGGAGAACUUCUAUAGUAACCUCAUCGCUCAGCAUGAGGAGAGAGAGAUGAGGCAGCAGAAGCUGGAGAAAGUUAUGGAUCAGGAGGGCUUGGCUGAUGAAGAGAAACGUAUCCGGCGCUCUGAGCAUGCAAGGAAGGAGACCGAAUUUCUGCGUUUGAAACGUACUCGACUGGGUCUGGAGGACUUUGAAUCCCUGAAGGUGAUUGGCCGAGGAGCUUUCGGAGAGGUACGCUUGGUGCAGAAGAAAGACACCGGUCAUGUUUAUGCUAUGAAGAUCCUCCGCAAAGCUGAUAUGCUUGAGAAAGAACAGGUUGGUCACAUCCGUGCUGAACGAGACAUUCUGGUCGAGGCCGACAGUCUGUGGGUGGUCAAAAUGUUCUACAGUUUCCAGGAUAAGCUGAACCUUUACCUCAUCAUGGAGUUUCUACCUGGAGGCGACAUGAUGACCCUGCUGAUGAAGAAGGACACUCUGUCAGAAGAGGCUACGCAGUUCUACAUAGCAGAGACGGUGCUGGCCAUUGACUCCAUCCACCAGUUGGGCUUCAUCCACAGAGACAUCAAACCAGACAACCUGCUGCUGGACUCCAGGGGUCACGUGAAGCUGUCUGACUUUGGGCUGUGCACAGGCUUAAAGAGGGCUCAUCGGACUGAGUUCUACAAGAACCUGAACCACAGCCUGCCCAAUGACCUCAGUAAGCAAACAUCCCAGAACAUGAACUCUAAGAGGAAAGCAGAGACCUGGAAGAGGAACAGGAGGCAGCUGGCAUUCUCCACAGUGGGAACACCGGACUACAUUGCUCCAGAGGUCUUCAUGCAAAAUGGAUACAACAAACUGUGUGACUGGUGGAGCCUGGGUGUGAUCAUGUAUGAGAUGCUGAUAGGUUAUCCUCCAUUUUGCUCAGAGACGCCACAGGAGACGUACAGAAAAGUGAUGAACUGGAGAGAAACACUCGUCUUUCCUCCAGAGGUGCCUAUAUCGGAGAAGGCCAAAGACCUCAUUCUCAGGUUCUGCUGUGAGGAGGAGCACAGGAUUGGGGCUUCGGGCGUGGAGGAGAUCAAGUCCAAUCCUUUCUUUGAGGGCGUAGACUACGACCAUAUCAGGGAGAGGCCUGCUGCCAUUCCCAUAAAUAUCAGAAGCAUUGACGACACCUCAAACUUUGACGAAUUCCCUGAUUCAGAUAUCCUCACACCUACAGCCACUCAGGUGUCCAAUCAGGCUGAAGCUGAUCUGAAGAACAAGGACUGGGUCUUCAUAAACUACACCUACAAACGCUUCGAAGGCCUGACGGCUCGAGGUGCCAUCCCGUCCUACAUGAAGUCGGGGAAAAGAUGAACACCACCACACGGGUGCUUGUCCAACUCCUCCAUGAAUCCUGAAGGAGCUGUCUCGAGUCCUGAAAGAACUGUCUGUGUGGUGUCACACAGCUCUUUGCAAAUAAAAAGGGGACUACUUUU